AUGGAUUGGAGGAUGAUUGAGGCUGCUCAAACAGGAAACAUUAACGUCUUGUAUGAAUUAAUCCUGGAAGAUCCAUAUGUUUUGGAGCGUAUUGACCACGUGCCUUUUCUUGAUACACCUUUACAUGUAGCAGCCCGUGCUGGCCAUGUUGAUUUUGUGAUGGAAAUGAUGAACUUGAAGCCAUCCUUUGCAAGAAAGCUAAACCAAGCUGGGUCUAGUCCCUUGCAUUUGGCUUUGCGAAAUGACAAAAUCCAAGCAGUGCUUCGACUCCUUAAGUUUGAUAUAGGUCUUGUUCGUGUCAAAGGGAGGGAGGGCCUGACUCCUCUGCACCAUGUAGUUGGAACCGGAAACCUUGAUCUUUCGAUCACGUUUCUUGAGGCUUGCCCUGAGGCUAUUGAAGAUGUGACUGUUCGAGACGAGACUGCUCUCCAUCUUGCAGUCAAAAACGACAUGUUUGAAGCUUUUGAAGUCUUGAUGGGGUGGCUCCGAAGGAGCCGCCAUGAAGCUGCCCAACGUUGGGAAAAUGAACUACUGAGGUGGAGGGACAUUGAAGGCAACACAGUUCUGCACAUUGCAGCUAUCAGAAAUAGACCUCAGGUGGUAAAAGUAUUGGUGGAAAAUUUGAGUCAAGACCAUAUCAAUGCCAAAAAUUUGGAGGGAUUAACGGCUCUAGAUAUCGUAUUAGAACGCCAAAGGAUUGAUAGGCAAGUGGAUAAUAGAGAGAUUAUGGAUAUGUUAAUCAAAGCUGGAGGUUUGCGUGGUUCCUUGCUUCCCAAAAAACCCAACUCUUCAAUCAACAUCAGUUCACUCAGAUCAAAGAUGUCAUAUUUGCAAAAAUUUGCAACAAUGGCAGCUCGUGGAAAUAAGGGUAUCUCAAAUGGGAUGCGGAACACAUUUCUAGUAGUGACUGUGCUAAUUAUAACAGCCACUUACGAUGCCUCAUUAAAUCCUCCCAAGAAGGGUGACAAUGUUUCAUCCCACACUAACAAAGUUUGGCUGCUGGAAGCAAAUCCUCCUAGUGGCAAAUAUCUUCCGGCCGAGGACUGGCAAAAUUUGGUAGAUGCAUCUACCAUGUUUUGGUUAUACAACACUUUAACCUUUUGGGCGGCAAUUGGGUUAACAGCAUAUCUCCUCCCGAAUCGUUUAAUCUGUUUGUUUCUUCUCAUAACACUUUCCCUUUUCGGCUCCUGUUACAUGCUUUUAGUAGCUGUCAUCUCAUGGAAGCUGCAAUCUCUUAUUUCUCUUGCACCUUCAUACUUAACGUAUCAUGCUGUCUCCGUUGUGAACUACUGCUUGUCAACGUUAAUAGCAGUCCUGGUGGCUUAUCGGAUCGCCAGUUAUGUUUGCUGCAGAUUUGUACCCAGAAGAAAGAUUUUCUGCCUCGUACAACUUCUUUCCUUUUUGUCUAUUGUUAUUUGUAUUCUUACUCCAGCUAUGCUAAAUGUCGAAACCAUAUUAAAGUCUAAUUUCUUUUUGUGA